AUGCAACCAAGAUCGGUGUGUGAGCUUAAGAAGCAGGUUGUUAUCCCCAAACCAAAACUGUUGAAACCAGAGAAUGACCCUCUUCACAUAAUAAAGACAAGAAAGAUCACACAUGGCAGGCCUGCGACGAUCGCUGGCCCUAUGGUACGCUACUCUAAGCUGCCGUUCCGACAACUUUGCCGCCAAUACGAUGCCGACAUAGUCUACAGUCCAAUGAUACUUGCCCGUGAGUACGUUCGUAAUGGGAAUGCAAGAUUGGCAGAUUUCUCCACCAACGACGAGGAUACGCCGCUGAUAGUCCAAGUCGGCGUCAAUAAUGUAGCUGACCUGUUGAAAUUUGUGGAAAUGGUGGCUCCAUAUUGUGAUGGGGUUGGCAUUAACUGCGGUUGUCCCAUCAAGGAACAGGUGCGUGAGGGCAUAGGAUGUGCGCUGAUCUACAACGCAGAACUUCUCUGCGAAAUGGUUUCAGCGGUGAAAUCGAAGUACGGUGAUUCUCUCCGUUUGGAAACGAAGAUUAGAAUCCAUGAUGACUACGAGCAAACGGUUUCGCUCUGUAAGAGCCUCUGUGACGCUGGAGUAGACUGGAUCACAAUUCAUGGAAGGACAAGGACCACAAGGUCAUCACAGCCGGUGAAUUUGGAAGCCAUAAGAUACAUAGUCGAGAAGAUCCAGGAGAAGAAAGUACCAGUUGUAGCCAACGGAGACUGUUUCAAAAGAGCUGACGUGGAUGCAAUCGCAGAGUUCACCAAAGUGGACGGCGUUAUGGCCGUUAGAGGAUUGCUGGCGAAUCCAGCGCUCUUCAGCGGCUACGAGACUUGCCCCUGGAGCUGUGUGGAAAAGUUCUGGUACUACACGCUGGAAUAUGGCGGUCUGCCUUAUCAGCUACUGCAACAUCACCUGUACUGCAUGUUAGAAAACAUGAAUUUGGAGCGAAGAUUAUUGAAAGAGAUGAUGAGCAUCAAGAGUACUGGGGAACUCAUCGAUUGGUUUGAUACAAGGUUUGAUUUCAAGAGAUUCGGAGAAGCCGGGUGGGCAGAAGCUUCUGCCGUACCGUACCGUGUAGAUAAGUAG